AUGUCGGCGGUCAUGAGCACUCUUUCCAUGAUUAGCGGGGGUCGCCGCGCGCACCGCAAAUUAACUAGCUCACGCAAGUCGGGGCAGUUCUCUGACGCAGGUGAAGACCGCACUCGUAGCCAGCAUGACCUCAACAAGCAGCAACGCUCGGCUUCACUCCAAACCCUGGAGCCCGGCGUGGUCAACCUCGAGUCUCUGGAAGCCAAGAUGGCGAGUAUCGAGGUGUCCCUCGCGGGGUCGCGGCGACGCAGUGGCGCGCGCGACGCCUCCCGAGAGCUCGACACAUUACGAGCUGCUUUGUCUGACAAGGAUAUUAUGAUACAAAACCUCAAAAAGCAGCUUAGUGCAUCUCUUAGCGCGGCCCGCUUGGCAGCACAAGUGUCCUCACCGUGCUCCACUCCUCGCGAAGAUGCCCUAACCUUGUCUCAAGAUGACCGAAAAGCUUUGGAAGAACGUGCCACAGCUGUCCGAGCCGAGCUGGAGUCGAGGAGGGCCAAUAUACAAGAGUUAAAACGACGCUUAGAGAAGACUCAUGUUACUGAGAACAUAGAUACGCGUAUAGAGCAGGCCGAGCUGCAGUACGCGGUGGGGCGCGAGGAGCUGGAGCUGCUGACGCUGGGCGAGCAGGCGCGCGCGCUCACCAUGCUCAUGGAGCAGGCUGACGCCGCUGCGCGCGCGCAUCGCGUCACUUUGUACAGUGCGUUGAGAGAGUGUGGUGGCAGUGCGCUCGUGGUGUCCGCGGACGUGCGCGAGGGCGCGUGGAACGCGGUGAUACGCGGCGCGGGCGCAGUGGUGGAAUGGAGCGAGAACCCAGCCGUCAAGUCUGGAGACAGAAUCUUAGAAGUGAACGGCACGUCGACGUUAAGUUGCACACAAGACGAGCUCCGGCGAGCCGCGUCUAUAUCACCAAAUCGUUUAGUUUUAUUGCGAGGACAAAACUCUUCGCCGCCUACACUAGCCUUUACACAAAACGAAGCAGCCUCCCUGAGAGCGGAAUUGGGCGCGCUACGAACAGCCGCAGAAGACGCCGAGAAGGCAAAAGAAGGUCUUCGAUCUGACAACACUCGCCUCACGCACCGCAUCUCCUACCUCGAGGAACAGGUCGCCGAACUACUAUCAGUACACUCUCAGCUCCACCCCGUCAGCAGCAACGACAGCUGCAUAACGGUCAAUAAAACAAAGAAGAACGUAACCAAUAUCAAUAUCACCACAGAACCAGUAAAACCUAGCCCCAAGUCUGAAGUGCAAGUCUUCCAGAAGGGACCAGACAUCACCGCCAUCGUAGCCAAAUUACCUGGACUUGAUGGAGGAGAAACCAACUUGCCAAUAGUAAGGCCAAGAUCGAAUGCCUCAGGAGCUUCAUCUAGAGUCGCUACCUCCCCGAGAACAUCUCCAACACCAAAUCGAAGAUCCCAUAGCUCUCAUAGUCUGGAACAUCGAGCCGGUCGGAUACGUCACUCCCUCUCCCACCACUGCAUACACGACUACCACACAGAAACUGACGCCGCCAUCAGAAUGAUAGAACGUAACCAAAGACACAUGGAAAAACAACGAUUAAAAGACAGGUAUAGCAGAUCAAAGGAAGACAAUUUUAUAUCAGAUAGCGACUUGGACACAAAGGAAUCAAAAUCAAACGUUUGCGAGCGACGAUGUGAAAUCAAAAAAGCCGCUGAACGAAUAGAGGAAAGCAUAAAAAAGACAAACUGGGCCGAAAGAAAGACAUUAUCAAUAAUAGAACAACUGAAACGUUCACAACGCCUUCGUAAAAUGAAGAAAAAUGAAAGCGCAGAAAAUAUACAAGUGGAAUCAGAAAAGCACUACAUCUACAAUCGGAUAGACGGCAAAGUGUUAGAAAACGCGCACAAAUCUAGUCGACGAUCAUCCAAACACUCUCGAAGCGCUAAAUCUUCAGAAUUCGAGUCAGAAUGCUCGGACUUCCCCAACGGAGACAUCUACAGCAGCUCGCCACGAUUGGAUUACGGUUCCGAAAGCUGUUCCCGGCUCAGCCACUACAUAAAACACGAAGACGAUGUAAAAUCUCGGCCGACUCCUCCACGGAAACCUCUCAGACUGUCUCUGCAUAAAGCAAGAAGCGCACAUUCAUUAAUGAACGGCAGUGAAUCAGAAACAACAAGUAGACCUCCAUCACAGAACGAUGCUAAUAUGUCCAAAAGACCAGUGAAAAGAACACACGCAGCUGAUAAAUGGGCGAGGGAGAGGAUUCGGGACGCCGGGCGCGCCACGCCUCGACCCAGCAGAAAGGUUAUGAACGGUUUGUCGGCGUGCGAGACACCCGCCGCCGACGACUUGUACCCGGAGACGAUGCACAUACGUGUCAAUGGGAAAGUGCAGUCCGGGAAAUGGUGU